AUGGCGCCGCACUCGACCAACGACGAGUUCUUCGCCUCUCUCACCACCCUCCUCUCCACUACCUCUCAAAAAGCCAAAGGAAGCGUCUUCCUGACCCAAAAACGCCUAUCCUUUGAAGACCCAACAAUCGCCGAGGGCUCAAUCCUCGUGCGCGCCACAGACGGCGGUACCCAAACCCCAAAUACAAAGCCCAGCGACAAAGUGAAAAAGACCAAAUCCGCACCCAAGGUGAAAAUAUCCACCAUCGUUGCGCCGGCCGAUCUCGAGUCUUUUUUUGUUAGAUACGCAGAUGUGUGCAAGGCCGGAAUGGUGGGGAUGAAGAAGAGGGAUCGGAGCGCAAAGAAAAAGGGCAAGGCCAAGACGAAAGCAGCUACGAAGGCUUGA